CAUCUGCUGCUGUUGAUUUGUGCCGAAGGAGUUAAAAGAGCAGAACCUCGUGGGGUACGAUUGCUGCUGUCGCUGUCGUAUGCGGCUUGCAGGAGCUGCGGGGAGGAGCUGUGCACAGCAGCCCUGGGAACACACGAGGGGAAGGAGUGUGGCCAUGUGCAGGAGGGAGCAGCGUCAACAGGAAGUCCCUUGCAGCGCCCGUCCCGGGCACGCUCGGCUGUGCUGGCAGACCCGGCUGCAGCGCUGUGCCCAUGACAAGGCCAAGCCCAGCGCCCGGUGCUCGGUUACCCUCCCCCCAACAGCCGGCUGGGUGCGUGGGGGACACAGAGCAGGGUGGUGGCAGGGGAGGCAGUGAGGCCAGGCUUCCUUCUCUGGGAACGCCCUGCGCUCCAUCCGGCGGCUGGGUGACUCAGGCCUCCCAUCUAGACCAGCUGAACCUCUCGCCAGCCACGGUGGACCUUGCUAGGUCUGCCGGCCCGGGCUCCCCGGUGGCCCAGUGGGACGGACGGGUCCUGCCGAGGAAUGGAGCCCAUGGGCCAGGCCUGGGCACUUCCCACCCGCGGCUGCUGGAGGGAGCCGGCCCCCGCCCUGUGAUGGCGACCGCGCCUCCGCCCGGCCUGAGGUUCAAGCUCAUCCUGCUGGGGGACUUCGGGGUGGGGAAGACCACCCUGUUCCACCGCAUCCGGGCAGGGUGCUUCGUGCCGGGGCCCCUCGCCCCCAACGAGCACCUGGCCGUCUGCCAGAGAACCGUGCGGCUCAGCCACCCCCAGAGCCCCGGCCUGGUGCAGAUCUCCCUGUGGGACACGGCCGGUGAAGAAAGGUUCCUCUCCCUGAGCAGCUGCUACUACCGGGGCGCGGACGCCGUGCUGCUGCUGUACAGCGCCCAGAGCCAGCUCUCCUUCGACAGCCUCCCGCACUGGGUCCGCGUGGCCCAGCAGUACUGCCCGGACGCCCUCAUCUUCCUGCUGGGCAACAAGACUGACCUGGAGCCACGCCUGCCGGAGGAGAAGGCUGAGAGGUUUUCCAUGGAGCACGAAGUAGUCGACAGGUUUAACGUGUCGGCCAAGACAGGAGAGAACGUGGACAGGUGCAUGCAGGACGUGGUGCAGCGGCUUGUCCUCAAGAGCGGUCCUGGGAGCAACGGGCUGACCGAGCGGCUGCAGGAGGCCGACUCCUCCAGCCCCUGUGCGUGCUGAGAGCCCUGGGGAUGCCUGGCAAACCCGCUCUGUGCUUCAGGAACCUGCUGGGGGCGCAGCCUGAGCCCCGAAUCCCGUCACUGUGCCACCACCAGCCACAGCUCCUGCCGGGCGUGGAGCCACCCUGGGAGAGACCCUCCUGCCCUGGUACCAGAACAUGCUGCCGGAUACUCCCUGCCGUGGGUGGUGAAGCACCUCGUGCCGUGCAGGCACCUUUGUCCCCUGAAAGGGGAGGCCAGACCCCAGGGCCUGCACGUGGGCUGCACCCGGUCACUGGGAGACCCACGCGCACACACUGGGCCCAGCAGGAAGCCAGGGCAGUGGUUAUGGGGGCUGUUCUGCCCUCUGGGCCGGCAGCGAAGCAAUGUCCCCACCCGGUGCCGGAGGGGCUCUGGGUCCUGUUUGAGAGAUGGUGUGAAAAGCAGCCCCGGCUCCCGAGUGCUCAUUGCAAAUCCCAUUGUUCUCUGUGCAGGGUGGAGGGGUAUGUGGCACUGAGUACCGCGGGGCAACACCCAGCAGCCCCAUGUUCAUCCUUGUGAAAUGAUUGUGUAGGAGCCAAUGCAAAGUUUGCCAUGUCGGGUGUCUCCAGAAGGCUCAUGAAAUGCACUGAGCAGUGUUGUUACAGUGAUGUUAGAGGUUGUAAUUUCAUGUCUAUAGUUACGAGGCUGAAAAUGUGUCGUCAUGGCUUAAAACAAGCCCAGGCAAAGCUCUCCAGGAGCAGAGGGGCAGUUCACACCU